GGUGAUGAUGCGUCUCGGUGCAUCGGGCUGAAUCGUUGGUGCAUCCUCGCGAUCUGGUUUGUCCGUUUGUUAUGGUUUGUUAUCCUGACAUCCAAAGUGGGGUGAGACACAUUCAAGUAGAUUCAACUAUUCAACCAUAUAUAAACCCGAUCAUCCUUAACUGAUGCCAGUUUACGUCUCAUUGUUACCUCAGACUGCAAACAUGUGUAGUAUUGGGCUGUUAGUGACAGCAGCCCUGAUAGGAUUAAGUUCAGCGGCGAGGUUGGACAGCACCUACUUGCCACCAGGUGGGGCUAAGACCGCAGGGGGUGGUCCAGGCUUGAAAGCACCCUUCGCAGGUGGAGGAGGUGGAGGCGGUGGCGCGGGUUUCGGCCCUGGUCCUGGUCGAAGACCCGGAGGAGGUAACGGAGGUAACGGAGGCGGCGGCGGCGGCGGUGGUGGUGGAGGUGGAGGCGGAAAUGGCGGAGGCGGUGGAGCAGACAUUCCAAUUAUCUCUUAUGAAAAUGUAAAUAAUGGAGACGGAAGCUACAAGUGGAGUUAUGAAACGGGUAAUGGAAUUAAAGCACAAGAAGAAGGAGAGCUGAAACCAGGCGGUGAAGAAGGCAUCCAGUCAGCAGUAGGAUCUUUUUCGUACACGGCACCUGAUGGAACCGAAAUAAAGGUGGAAUACACGGCCGACGAGAACGGUUUCGUGCCAGUAGGCGACCAUCUGCCCACACCCCCGCCCAUCCCACCAGAGAUCCAGAAGGCGUUGGACGAGGCGGCUGCAGCAGGAAAUGGCGGUGAUGGAAAUGGUUACCCACCUGCAGGGAAUGGUGGAGGUGGAAAUGGCAAUGGUUACCCACCUGCAGGAAAUGGUGGAAAUGGCAAUGGUUACCCACCUGCAGGGAAUGGUGGAGGUGGAAAUACUUACAUACCUCCAGGGAAUGGUGGAGGAAACGGAAACGGAUAUAGGUAUUGAGGUGAAGCGAUAACUACCAUGAACGAACUUAGGUUACCAAAAAAGUACAUCAUUUAUGAAGUAUGAAGCUGGACACCAAUUAAAUAGUUUAUAUUAUUAUAGUCUUUAAAUGUAUUUAUUGAAGUUACCUGAUUCUUCCCUAGCUAGUUAAUGUAUAUAAAUAGCAGAGGUGCAAUCGAACUGAAAUGUUAGCUGAAACAUGCCUUUAGCAAUAUUUGUUGAGGGAAACGUAACAUUUAGAUUUGAUUGAAUCACUGCAAAUAGUGAAAUUACGUGUCAAAAGCGUAUUGUUGACGACCGUGCUAUGAAACUGGUUAAGAGAUUGUAUACUUCUUCAGCUGUCUACCUUGUGAUCUAUUUAUACCCAUUGUCAUAUUUUACAAGUGUUAUAGAUAUUUACCUGUAUGUUGUAAUUGUGAAAUAGGACAAUUCUAGUUAUAAUUCUUCCCACUAUUUGUGUCUUUCGAGCAAGUUUUGUACGAAUACAAAGACUUGACUUUGUAA